CAAGGUAACAGUGGGCCUCUUGAUGUAGCCAUAUCAGGCAUGAACGCUUUCCAGCGGGGUUGGACCUCCAGGGCAACACGACAACGUUUUAAUACAGACCCGGUACACCCAUAAACCCUCGGUUCCCCAAGCCCAACUCCAAGAAAGAGAAACACUAGUCAUGUCGUAGUAUAUCGUAUUACGAGUAGUGGAAUAGUAUUUUCUGAUCUGAAAUCUGGAGUACGUAAUUGCAAGAUCUGCGAUGCGAUAGCAGCAGCAUCUUGUCUUGCUGAAGGAAGUUAGCUAAGUAGCAUCAUACGAUCAAUGGCGUUCAACAAUUACUAUUACUUGGUUACGAGCUUCUUCUUGUUCAUAAUCACUGCAACUACACACGCUACUGCUGAUUUGAUUCAAGGCUGCGGUGGAUUUGUUGAGGCGAGUUCGUCUCUGAUCAAAUCAAGGAAGCCAACUGAUGCUAAAUUGGAUUACUCUCAUAUCACGGUUGAGCUUCGCACGGUGGAUGGAUUGGUGAAGGACAGAACCCAGUGUGCUCCAAAUGGUUACUACUUCAUUCCAGUUUAUGACAAGGGUUCCUUUGUAAUUAAAAUCAGGGGACCGGAAGGAUGGUCAUGGGAUCCAGAUCAAGUUCCUGUUGUUGUUGAUCACACUGGUUGCAAUGCCAAUGAAGAUAUAAAUUUCAGAUUCACUGGGUUCACUGUGUCUGGAAACGUUGGGGGAGCUGUUGGUGGAGAGAGCUGUCGAAACAGAAAUGGAGGUCCAUCAAACGUAAACAUUGAGCUUUUAUAUUCGACAGGCGAUCUUAUAUCAUCUGUUUUAACAUCCGCAACAGGAAGUUACUCAUUCACUAACAUUAUCCCAGGAAAGUACAAACUACGUGCUUCACGUUCUGAUUUGAAUGUAGAACAUAGAGGUUCCAUGGAGGUGGAACUCGGUUUUGGAAAUGGUUUGGUUGAGGACCUUUUCUUUGUCUCUGGUUAUGAUAUUCGUGGAUCUGUAGUUGCUCAGGGAAAUCCCAUCUUGGGAGUUCACAUUUAUUUAUACUCGAGUGAUGUCUCCAGUUUGGAGUGUCCCCAGGGCCCUGGCAAUGCCCCUGGACAAAGAAAACCUCUCUGUCAUGCUGUGUCUGACGAAGAGGGAAUGUUUACGUUUAAGUCAGUACCCUGUGGGGUUUAUGAGCUUAUACCAUACUACAAGGGUGAGAAUACCGUUUUUGAUGUUUCACCUCCCUCGAUGUCAGUGUCUGUUGAGCAUGAUCAUGCAACAGUUCUUCCAAAGUUUCAGGUCACUGGAUUUUCUGUUGGGGGUCGUGUAGUGGAUGGGAAUGGUUUCGGUGUGGAUGGUGUGAGAAUUAUAGUUGAUGGUCAUGAAAGGUGUAUAACUGACAAAGAGGGAUAUUACAAGCUUGACCAGGUUACCUCUAGUCGUUACACGAUAGAAGCAAAGAAGGAGCAUUACAAGUUUGACAAACUGAAGGACUUCAUGGUUUUGCCCAACAUGGCUUCAGUAGUAGAUAUUAAAGCUGUCUCCUAUGAUGUCUGUGGCGUUGUUCAGAUGGUUAGUUUGGGCUACAAAGCAAAGGUAGCCUUGACUCAUGGACCAGAGAACGUUAAGCCUCAUGUUAAGCAGACUGAUGAGAGUGGUAAUAUCUGCUUUGAGGUUCCACCUGGUGAAUAUCGCUUGUCUGCUUUGGCUGCCAAACCUGAGAGUGCACCUGAACUUCUGUUUUUGCCACGUCAUGUUGACGUCUUGGUGAACAGUCCUGUUCUGAAUGUUGAGUUUUAUCAGGCACAGGUGAAUGUUCUUGGGGAAGUAUUGUGCAAGGAGAAAUGUGGCUCGUCUGUUUCUGUAACACUUGUAUGGUUGGGUGGCAGAAGUAGAGAAGAGAGAGAGCCAGUUUAUUUGACUGAUGAGAGUAGUGCGUUUUUGUUUACCAAUGUUUUGCCUGGCAAAUACAGGCUUGAGGUGAAGCACACUUAUCCUGGAAAAGAGUUAGGAGAAGACAAGUGGUGCUGGGAGCAGCGUUUUAUCGAUAUAGAUGUUGCCACAGACGAUGUAAAAGGGAUUACUUUUGUGCAGAAGGGUUACUGGGUGAAUGCAAUUUCUACCCAUAAUGUAGAUGCCUACAUGACUCAACCUGAUGGUUCUACUGUGAAUCUGAACAUUAAGAGAGGUUCCCAGCAAAUAUGUGUGGAAUCUCCUGGAGUGCAUGAACUUCAGUUUGUUAACUCAUGCAUUUUCUUUGGAAGCUCAUCUACAAAAAUUGACACGUCAAACCCAUUGCCUAUCCAUUUAAAAGGAGAGAGGUACCUCCUCACAGGGCAAAUCCAUGUUGAUUCAAGCUCGCUUAGUGGUGUGGAUGAAUUACCUGAAAAUAUUCUGGUGGGCAUACUAGAUAGUGAGGGUACUCUUCUGAAUGGUACUUCUGCCAGACUUGUACCUGCUGAAAAUGAUAAAGCUAGUGCUGCUGUAUUUGAGUAUUCAGUUUGGGCUAAUCCUGGAGAAAAACUUACUUUCGCUCCUCAGGACUCAAGGGAAAAGGCUCAGAAACAAAUCUUGUUUUAUCCUAGACAACAUGUUGUGUCAGUGAUACAAGAUGGUUGCCAAGCUUCAGUUCCCAUAUUUUCCGGUCGACCUGGGAUGUACAUCAAAGGAUCAGUUUCUCCACCCCUUUCUGGUGUUUAUGUGAGAGUUAUUGCUGCAGGGGACAGCCGCUAUGUCCCACUUAAGAAAGGUGAUGUAGCUCUUGAAACUGUGACAGGAACAGAAGGUUUCUAUAUUGGAGGACCUCUCUAUGACGAUAUAAGUUACAGCAUUGAGGCUUCAAAGCCUGGCUAUUAUGUAAAACCUGUUGGGCCUCACUCCUUUUCGUGCCAGAAGCUUGGUCAAAUUUCUGUACACAUAUACUCUAAAGAAGACGUGAAAGAACCUUUUCCUUCCGUCCUGUUGUCAUUGAGCGGUGAAGAUGGUUAUAGGAACAACUCAAUAACUGCGGCUGGUGGAAUUUUCCUAUUUGAUAACUUAUUUCCUGGGAGUUUCUAUCUCCGUCCUCUCCUAAAGGAAUAUGCUUUCUCACCUCCAGCACAAGCAAUUGAUCUUGGUUCUGGGGAGGCUAAGGAAAUCAUCUUUCAGGCCACACGUGUUGCUUACAGCGCUAUGGGCAUGGUUACUCUCUUGUCUGGCCAGCCAAAAGAAGGUGUUUCAGUGGAAGCCCGCUCGGAGUCAAAAGGUUUUUACGAGGAGACAGUAACCGAUUCAUCAGGGAAUUAUCGUCUGAGAGGACUCCAUCCAGAUACAACCUAUAUCGUAAAAGUAGCGGAAAAGGGUGACCUCAAAAGCACUAGAAUUGAACGCACAUCUCCAGAAUCUGUUUCUGUCAAGGUUGGAUCUGAUGAUAUCAAGGGGUUGGAUUUUCUGGUAUUUGAGCAGCCAGAAUUGACCAUUCUUAGCGGCCACGUUGAGGGGAAGAGGAUUGAUGAGCUACAUUCACAUCUUCGGGUGGAAAUAAAAUCAGCUAAUGAUCCAUCCAAGAUUGAAUCCGUCUUCCCAUUGCCACUUUCAAAUUUCUUCCAGGUGAAGGACUUGCCGAGGGCUAAGCACCUUCUGCAGCUAAGAUCUGCUCUCCCAUCAGCCACCCAUAAAUUUGAAUCUGAUGUUAUCGAGGUUGAUUUGGAGAAACAUACUCAAAUUCACGUUGGCCCAAUUAGAUAUAGAGUCGAAGAGGAUUUCCACAAACAGGAACUGACAACAGCUCCGGUAUAUCCUCUUAUCGCUGGAGUUUCAGUGAUUGCUCUUUUUAUCUGUAUGCCAAGGUUAAAAGACUUGUACCAAGCAACAAUGGGAGUGUACGUCUCAAGUUCCAAUGCAAAUGGAAGGAAAGAAGUUAGAAAGCCAGUGAUCAGAAAGAAGACUUACUGAAGACCUUCUGCAUACUCAUAUGGACUUACGAGGUAAUUUUGGGCUUACAACCAGUUUUACGUUUUCCAGAUCAAGUUUUGGCGCAGGACGAGGUUUUCAUAGGCAGGAGCUUUUGUAGCUUAGCAUCUGGAUUAUUCUCACGACCAACUUUAGUAGUUGCUUGGCGGCGGCAGCUUUCCAGUUCUCCUAUUCCAUUCUCCCUUUGUGGUUUUACUGUGGUAUUAAUUCAUAAUUUUACCAAGGUAAUCCAACAGCAUGGGUGUAGGGCCUGUGGGCCGUGCUCACCUGUCCUGACGACUAAUGAGUUUUAGAGUCACAGCUUUGUGGAAGCCCCAUUACCCUAAUUGUCUUGGGCUGAUUGCCAUAUAUCGUACAACGUACGUCUUCAUCUUUCUUCAUGUUCUUGUAGUGAGGCAAGUACUUUGCAAAUGUUUAGUGAUUGAAAUUUGAAUUAAAGAGUAGAGCCUUCUUUGAUUUAGUAAAAAUGUAUUUAAGCUUAAUAAUACAAGUUUGAGUAAAGAAGUGGAGAAGAAUUUUGAGGUUUUUCUUUUAA